AUGGUCUGUUAUAAAUUGAUCAUCAAUAAUAGCUACUAUGUUACAUAUCCUUGUUCAAUAUUCUCUCUCUAAACAAAAAAUGUAUUAUCCAGAUGAUGAUAAUUGGCAAUCAAAAGAUGAGAAUUAUGAUUAUGUUCCUUCUUCUUCAUCAAAUUCAACUUCCAAAUCUUCUCUAAUGAGAAGUUCAUCACAGAAACCCUCUUCUUCAUCUUCUUCCUACAAGUCACAGAAACAGCCUCGCUUGGAGAAGAGCUCAUCCAUGCGAACCGUGUCAUCUUCUUCGUCGUCAACAUCAACAUCUUCGUCCCACAAAAGGGAAAGCUCGAAGAACUCUGAUCUCGGCAGAAAAUGCAGCAACAUUGUCAGCGAGCAGCGGGCCAGGUUCUACAUCAUGAAGCGCUGCGUCAAGAUGCUCGUGUGCUGGCCCAAGAACGGCGAUUCUUGAUUCUCGAUUCUCAAUUCUCAAUUCCUGAAAUCUCUGCAUUAUUGUUCUUACUUAAUUCUCUUCUUUCUUUUUGCAUUUUGCAAUUUGCAAUAUUGGGUAUGUUUUGUCUUGGCUUGGCUUAUUUUUCUUUAUGCCAAUUGGGCUAAAUUAUGACUCCUUAAACAAACUGAACCUACCUUUGAGCAUGGCAAGAAAAGAAAAGAAGUACAUUAAUGGGGAUCAUAGAAGAGAGAAGACAGCCAUUGUUUGUUGUCUUCUUGCUCUUUUUUUCUUUAGAAAUUGGCCAUUUCUGCAGAUGCAAUAUGGGAGGGAGUGAAAGAUAGAGAUUCCCUUUA